AUGGUCAAGGAAACGAAAUUUUACGAUAUCUUGGGUGUGUCGCCUCUGGCGCAAGACACAGAGUUGAAGAAAGCAUACAGAAAGGCCGCUCUCAAGUACCAUCCCGAUAAGAACCCUUCUCCCGAGGCAGCUGAGAAGUUUAAGGAAAUCUCUCACGCAUAUGAAGUUCUCUCCGAUGAUCAAAAGAGAGAGGUUUACGACACUUAUGGAGAAGAAGGAUUGACCGGAGGUGGUCCUGGAGGAAUGGGAGGCAUGGGUGCCGAGGAUAUAUUCUCACAAUUCUUUGGUGGUGGAUUUGGAGGUAUGGGUGGUGGCGCAUCCAGAGGUCCACAAAAGGGUAAGGACAUCAAGCAUUCCAUCAGUUGUACAUUGGAGGAGUUGUAUAAGGGACGCACUGCGAAAUUGGCGUUGAACAAGACGGUGUUGUGUAAGACAUGUGAUGGCCGUGGAGGUAAAGAGGGUAAGAUCAAGCAAUGUAGCUCGUGUCAUGGUCAAGGUAUGAAGUUUGUUACAAGACAAAUGGGUCCUAUGAUACAGAGAUUCCAAACUGUGUGUGAUGUUUGUCAAGGAUCUGGUGAUAUUUGCGAUCCUAAGGACCGUUGUACUGCUUGUAAGGGUAAGAAGACUCAAAAUGAGCGCAAGAUUUUGCAAGUUCACAUUGAUCCUGGUAUGAAGGAUGGACAAAGAAUUGUUUUUAGCGGCGAGGGUGACCAAGAACCCGGUGUCACUCCUGGUGAUGUUGUGUUCGUGGUCGAUGAAAGACCUCAUGAAAAGUUCACCAGAAAGGGCAACGACUUAGUCUACGAAGCCGAGAUCGAUUUGCUCACGGCGUUGGCUGGUGGAGAAAUUGCCUUCCCUCACGUUUCUGGAGACUACAUCAAGUCCACCAUUCUUCCAGGAGAAGUCAUCGCUCCAGGCACCUUGAAGGUGAUGGAGAACCAAGGUAUGCCAAUCUAUCGUCAUGGAAGCCGUGGUAACUUGUUUGUCAAGUUCAAUGUCAAGUUCCCACCUGCCAACUUUGCCGCCGAGGACAAGUUGAAGCUUCUCGAACAAGUGUUACCAGCAAGACAAACCGUCAACAUCCCCAAGAAAGCCGAGGUGGACGAAUGUGACUUGGUUGAUGUCGAUCCUCGUAAGCACCAGAGUGGAUCCAGACAUGAUUCCUACGAUUCAGACGAUGAGGAGGGUGGCCAAGGAGGUCCUGGCGUGCAAUGUGCUUCGCAAUAA